UUAGAAGUGGUCUAGGUAUAUUUGCCCAGGUCAGAGAAGUUGGCUAUAUUUCCCAUCGCUCGUUGUGAAGUAGCUUGGCUGAAACUGUGUUUUGUUGUUGUGAGUUGUAUGAAUAGUGACAGUCACUGGGUGCGACUGUAAGAAGAACGAAGUGUUUUGGAUUUUAUUCUGCAUCUUCAAUAUAGAUCAUGUUGUCGACUAAACCGGGUUCGUACGACCCAACUAGUACGGGUGGAUAUUCAAUGGCUUCCAUGCCUGGUAUCAAUACUAUGGGAGGUGUAGGACCGAUGAGUAACAUGAACUAUUCUCCUCAAGGAAUGGGUGGUAUGCAUAGUGCCAUGAAUUCGAUGAAUACCAUGCCUCCUGCGAUGGGCAGUAUGGGACUUGGAAGUAUGGCUAUGCAUGGAUCAUCAAUGCACGGUCAGGUGUCGGCUAUGAAUCCUAUGAACACUAUGGGAUCUAUGAACUCUAUGGGAAGCAUGGGAUCUAUGAAUGGAAUGUCCAGUAUAGGAAGUAUGUCAUCAAUGAACGGAAUUAACCGUCCUAUGGAUCCGAACAUGAUGUCAAUGGAUCGAGCACAAGCAUUGAAUAGAGCCAGGGAUAAAAAUUAUCGAAGGAGUUAUACGCACGCUAAACCGCCAUAUUCAUAUAUCUCGCUUAUCACAAUGGCUAUUCAACAGUCACCUAACAAAAUGUGUACCCUCAGUGAAAUUUAUCAGUUUAUCAUGGACUUAUUUCCUUUUUAUCGUCAAAAUCAACAAAGAUGGCAGAACUCUAUCAGACAUAGUUUGUCUUUUAAUGACUGUUUUGUUAAAGUCCCAAGAACUCCUGAUCGUCCUGGUAAAGGAAGUUACUGGGCACUUCACCCAGAUUCAGGAAAUAUGUUUGAAAAUGGUUGUUAUCUUCGUCGUCAGAAGCGGUUCAAGUGUCUAAAGAAAGAAUCUAUGCGAUCACAAGAUCCAGAUGAUCCGAACUGCGACAUGCAAGACGGUCCAGGAAGCGCCGAUUCUACUCCUACCUCAACUGGUGACGGCACUUCACUCUCGGCGCCUAAUUCUCCUCCGAAUCACCAAGUAGAACAAGUUCAACAAAUGGUUCAACCAAAGACCGAACACAACCAAGCUCAUCCUCAGGCUCAUCUCCAGCAACAAGACAUGUCGCAUCUUACACAUUCUCAAGCUAGUCAGCAACAAAUGGGUAAUUGUGGUACGGAACUAACAAGUAUGCGACAACUUCAUCACGAUAUCUCCAUGAACCAUCAUGGUUUAAAUUUGGCACCGGGACAAUUAAAUCAUCCUCAUUCAUUUAACCAUCCAUUUUCUAUUACAAAUCUCAUGUCGGAAAACAAAAUGGACUUAAAGAUGUACGAAGCUCUCAGUGGUUAUCAAUCGUAUACUCAAAUGUCCCCAAUCAGUUUGCCUAAAGAAGCCUCACCCCCUAUGAACCCUCAGGAUGGUAGUUACUAUAAAACCUACGCUCCUCAUUCCACGGCGAGUUUGUGAGAAAUUUCAUUUAUUUCAACAACUGUGAACAUUUUCUUACUUAAAAUGGACGUGUUCUCUACAUUUUUUAAAAAGCGAAAACCAAAAUUUUUAGCGAAUAUACCAAAGAUGUGUUGAAUUAAAUUAUAUAGAUUUUUUAUAUAUUAUGUUAUAAAUAUAUUAUAGACAAGACUGUCUCUUUAUGUACUUACAAAAUUGGAGGAAAAAUACUGCCAAAAUGUGUGUUUUUUCUUGUUGAAAGAGUUCAAAUAUUUAACGCAAAAGACAAAGAGUACAAAUUUUAGAAUUAUAUUGUGUAUAGAAAUUUAUAUAUAUAUAGUGCGAAAAUUAUUUGUAUAUAUAUUGCGAAAGUGCACGCGAUUCGAAUUGAGUGAAAAAGACGAAUUUCGAACGGGUUGAUCUGUAUAUUUUUGUGUGUAAUUUUUCGUAUUUUAUUUCUGUUGUGCGAAAUCGGUUGGAGUACGAGAAAAUUUUAAACCUUAACAGAGUUUUGUCAGGUAAUAUAAUGUAGGAAAUUUAAGAAUAUUCCAAUAUUUUGUAAAAUAUAGAUAUUUACAUUUUUUUUUGUUUUUAAUUUAUUUAUAUCAGAAUAUCAUCCUUUUUUUUUCAUUUUAAGAUAAUCUCUUUAUUUUUUUCUCAAAUUAAAUUUAUUUUAUUCGAAAUAUUGCAUUUUUCUGAAAUAUUUCAUGAAAUUUACACAGUAAUUGGCGUUUAUUAUUUCUACAAAAGUAUCUCUAAAUGAAAAAAAAUCAAAAGUUCUCAAAUGUUUGAAAGUUCAAUUUGUUCUAUGUUUUUCUUUGUGUCUCAAUAUUUUUCUUUUAUAAAAAUCUUGUCUUUAGACUUAAAAUGAUAUAAAAAGAUUCAUUG